AUGAAAGUUUAUCUUUUUAACUUUCCCUUACUCUUUAUUUUUAUUUGUGUUAAAGGAAAUUUAGCAUUAAAUUUUAAUAUUGACAACCAAUAUCUAUUUCCUAUUAAUUCGUCAUAUCUAAUUGAAAUUAUUAAUUAUACCUUUAGAGGCAAUUACUGUGUUCAGUUAGUUGCAGAUGAAUCAAUUAUAGCUAACCAAAUUAGGAAGGCUAUGUAUAAUUUUCAUUAUUUACGAGGUAUAUCAGAUAAAAGAGGUCGAUUUCAGUGUAUUAGUUGUGUUUUUAUAACAUCAACUGUAGAUAUAUUCAGUACCCUUUUAAAAACACGUCCUGUUGAUACAGAUAAAUUCUUAAGCAUCAUAAUUAAUGUUUAUGGUGAGAAUGUGCUUCAUGAACUUAACCGUCAGAAUGUUGCAGAUUACUUGACCAAUUGGCGUGGAGUUGUCAUUGAUUUAAAAUCUCCCAAUAUCUUAUAUAGGUACAUUCCACUGCAUAAAACGUUUAAGACACAUAAGCUAUCUGACAUUAGAAACAAGGAAGUAGGAAUAAAUUAUGGAAAUUUCGGAGGAAGAAAAUUGAGAGUUGGAACAUUCAACUGUUCUGUAAAUUCACAAAUUGGACCUUUAGAUGCAAAUGGAAGGCCAAGUUGGAUUGGAGGAGUGGAAAUGAAAUUGUUUGAUGCCAUUGCACGAAAGCUCAAUUUCACUUAUGAAAUAGUUUUACCUCCUGAUGGUGAGGGAGUUGGAGGAAGGCGAGAUAGAUAUGGGAACCUGACCAGGGGAUUGAUUGGACUUGUUUUAGAUAAGACAGUAGAUGUUGCAUUUUGCGGAAUAUGGCAGACAUCAUUUAUUGAAUCUCAUUCACUCUUUAUGACAAGUCCAAUUCAUGAAAUAUGUGUCACUUAUUUAGUUCCCAGGCCUUUACCUUUUAGUCAAAUGGGUUUUGGCCUGUUUAAUUCUUUUGAAUGGAAAGUUUCAGCGCUCAUUUUCUUAUCGAUCAUAAUAACUGCUAUAUUUUUACAGCUGAUUGCUUUCAUCGCUGCUAAGUAUGGUUACAGUCAUUUUCAAUUGACAAAAUUCUUGAAACCUAACAAUAACUUGUUCCAAUUGUGGUCGAUUUUAUGCAACAAUUCGCCAAAAUCCUUGGCGAUUUUUGGACCUCUUAGACAUGUCCUUGUAUGGUGGGCAGUAUUUUCUUUUCUGAUAAAUGCAAUGUUCUCAAGUUCAUUAGUUUCUCACUUGACUGCAACUUUGUACGACAAGCCUCUCGAUUCGAUUCAAGCUUUAGUAGAAAAUAACUACUACUGGUCUUUAAAUAAAAUGCCAUAUCUGAGUAACUUAUUGAAUAGUGAUAAUGAAUGGGGUGAAAAAUGGGUUCAAAGGUUCUGUUUCAGAAGUGAGAAAAGCCUGUGCACCAUCUUGCAAGAAAAUGAUAAUAAAUUAGCUAUAUUCGCCGUAAACUAUGAAUAUGGAGUGCUAUUAGAAGAAAACAUUGAUUGUAAACACAUUUUGCGCAAAUAUCAAACACUAGCCGAAUGUGCAAGCAAAUAUAGAACUGUAUUUUUAAUUCGACAUCGAUCACCCUACAAUGAUUUGUUCUCCGAUUACAUAACUAGAUAUCGUGAAAACGGACUGUUUCUAAAAGAAUAUAGAGAAUUAUUUUAUCAAAAAAUAUUACAAGAUAAUUAUAUCUUAGAGUUACGAUUACCUUCGAAUAUAUACAAUAUUAAGAAAGUGAAACUAAGAUUAUCCAAUACCUUAGCAAUUUUUUAUGUAUUUUGUAUUGGAAUGAUAAUUUCUGUAAUAGUAUUUUUGUUAGAAUUAUUGUGGCAUCGUAAAACUUUCACUUUUGCAUUUUAG